UGCAGCAUGCCCUCCAGGCAGCCGCCUUGUGCUGCCUGCUGUCCUCCCCAGGAUGCCUGUGGUGACAGCAGAGGCUGCUGCCUGUGGCCCAAAUGGGGCUGGGAACCUCAACAUCCUCCUCCAGUUGAGCACUCAAGGCCAAGUGGUGGAGCCUCCACGCUCUCAGACCUUGGUCUUUCAUCAAGCCCCUCUCAACUGGAGUGUCCAGGGGGCCCUCUGCGCACAAGCUCAGAACCCUGCUCCCGCACUGCUGCAGACCUCCUCCCUGCAGCCAGGAGUGCCUGCACCAACCAUAAGGAGGGCCCAGGGCACCCAGCGGGGCUGGACACAGGCCCUGGCCCCUCCAGCUCCACCACCACCUGUCCAGACGGCUCCCACGCUCUGCCCCGCAGACAACGGGCCUCCACAACAGGGAGCAAACACAGAGGGCUCCUUGCCUACUUCCAAGGACAAAGCUCCAUCGGGGGAUUCCAGCGUCUACAAGAACUUCCGGCGCUGGCAGCAUUUCAAGACCCUGGCCCGCAGGCACCUCCCACACAGCCCUGAUGCUGAAGCUCUAGCCUGCUUCCUCAUCCCGGUGCUGCGCACACUGGCCCAGAGGAAGCCCAGCAUGCCACUGGAUGAUGGCAUGCGGAUUGCCAUGCGGGAAUGGCAGCACAAGAGCAACUUUGACCGCAUGAUCUACUAUGAAAUGGCAGAAAAGUUCACGGAGUUUGAGGCAGAGGAGGAGAUACAAAUUCAAAACCUGGCGUGGAAGAAAGAGAACCUGUGCCAGCCCCCACCAACACCACAGCAGCCGGCUCCUCCUGGGCCCCCAAGCCCUGUGGCCCUCCAGCAACCAGAGCAUGCCCACAGGAAGAGCAGCUCCAAGGUUCUGCCCACCAAACCCUUGCCACAAAGACACCAGGCCUCUCGGAACAGGACACCCAAGGAGAUCCCUCCAGAGGCCGUGAGCGAGUACAUGGACAUCAUGGAUGCACUGCUGGAGCUGCAGCCCUCAGCCUCGGGCCAGCCCAGUGAACAGCCAGAAGAGGACGCCAUGCUGGAGCCCCAGCAGGAGGGACUGGGCCCCGACCCAGACCUCCUGACUUACCUUGACGAGCUGUGCUCCCAAGAUGACUUUGUCACCAAGGUGGAGGCCAUCAUCCACCCCCGAUUCCUGGCAGAGCUCCUUUCACCAAAUCCACAGCUGGAUCUCGUGGCCCUAGCCCAAGAGCUGGACAAGGACAAGGACAAGGACAAGGACAAGGAGGAAGGGCUCCACCCUGACCAGGUGGUGGACAAGACCUCUGGCCCUUGA